CCUGAAGAACAGCAUGAGUGAAUUUAAUGCAAGCCUGGAUCGAUUUAACACACAAAUAAAUGAGAUGUCCUCCAUAGUUUUAGAAAUAGCAGAUAAUUUGGAUGAGUUUCACAAAGGAGCAACUGCUGCUAGUAUAUCUGGAAAUGUAGUCAGUGCUGCAGGAGGAGUAACAGCAGUUGUUGGUGCUUGUCUGGCUCCAUUUACUUUCGGUGCAUCACUGAUUGUGUCAAUUGUCGGUGUAAGUGUUUCUGCAUUGGGAAGUAGUACUUCUGUUAUUGCAAAAAUAGCAGACUUUGUUAAAAACAAAAAGUCAUGUGAAGAGGUUCAGAAUGUGAUUGGGAAUAUGAAAAACACAGAAAGCUUACAAUCCAAAGCCAAAAAAAUCAAAUCUGUAAUUAUUAGAUUAUUGUACCUAAAAUCAGUCCUGGAUAAUGGUGGUGCUAAUCAACCACAUACAUUUUUCAAUGCUGAUGAUUUUGAUUUCACAGCAGAGGCUUCAUUUGAAUAUUCUAGACUAGUAGGACUCUUUGGGAGUGCCAGAGCUGUUUCAGUAGGCUUGGCAACACUCAGUGGCAUUGCCCAAGUAGCUACAGGGGUAGUUUCUGGAUUGUUUAUUAUACUAGAUGCAUUUUUUAUAGCAAGGGAUGCCAGAGACUUGAACAGUGGUGCUAGAACUGAAGCUGCAAAACAAAUGCGAGAAACAGUACAUCAUUUUAAAAGAUAUAGAACACAGCUAUAUAAUUUCCUGUCAUCCUGCAGAGAAUUUUAUGAACAGCUGUCAAAUAGUAACUAAUAAUAUAUUAUUGGACAA